UCGCCAAGAAAGACACGGAACGAUGACGCAAGAUGGCAAAUUAAAAAUAUUAAUUGCAGGUAAAUAUAAGUGAAUAUUUUCAUUACAUUAUAUUUAAAACUAUUGUCCACUGAUAUUAUUUAGAUCAAUCGUCAACUGGUGCACGGUUUUAUCUGCACUAAUUUUGUUAAAAUUAUUAUUGGUAUUUUAACAAAUGUGUUCUUGUUCUGUGUUGGCGUCGCCUUUCACACCCUUUAAAUGCCUGUAUCUUUUGGACGCAUAUGCAUACGUACAAGGGAGCAGUUAAUUUACUAAUCUCUUCCCCCCCCCCUUUCCCUCACGGGGUUUGAUGAUUUGUGAUCCCGUCACUCUUAUCAGUGGAGUCACUAAGCCCCCACAUACGCUGAAUGUGGCAGUAUGAAAUCAUUACACUAUAAUGUGAAGUGUUUGAUGAUGCUGGGCACUUCAUAAGACCCGUAAAGGAUCAAUGUAUCAGCCACCAAGGCGUUAUUGGGGACAAAGUUGAAUAUGGGACCGUUGGUAAAAGCUAUCAUUGUUAAGGAAUGAAAGGACAUUGGAACUACGCCCAGUUUUCGGAUUAUCCGUCUAAUGAUCUGACGCAGAAACAGCAACAACUCUAUACUUUUAUAUUGACUGACAAUACGGAAUAUAUGAGGCCGUCCGAAGGGCUUCGAUAGUGACAUAAGGGGGAUUUUAUGGCUCUAUGUCAUUUGGGUGCGCGAGAGAUCAUGACCACUUUACCCAACUGGCAAAAGGAAUCUUCGUGUGAAACGACCCUCUGUUGGUCUUCUUCAAGAUGCCAUUAAGGGUUCAUGUCUGAUGGACCAUCAACAUUGACUUCCUGGCUCAGCUGAGUUUAGCGCUCUUAAAAGUACGAGAUAAACUAUGGUUCAACUUGCACAAGGCCUACUCAAAAUGUUUUGAAAAUAGUAGGAAUACUUAUCCCAAUAGACUCAUUACGUCAUGAGCUAUUAGAUAUUUGUAAAUUUUUGCUAGAUUUUCCUUUUUUUUUUCUUGUGUGGGUUUUUUUGGUAUGUUUUUUUUUUGUAAAUGAAAAUUAUAAUUAGCUUAUCGGCAUUAGCAUUUGUAUUAAUUUUUUUUUUUAUUUAAAACUAAAAAAUAUUGGCUAUAGCCGCUGAAAAAUAGAAUUUAAAAAAAUUGUAAUACCAAAUUUUGGAAGACAUCGUAAGAUUUACGAGGCAGACAAAUAGAAAGAGGUCGACAAAACAAACACAGAUAAACAUUUGAACAACUUUCAGGUAAUAUCGACUCAGCCUCAGAAGCAGGGUGCAGUUCGGGAGCAGCGUGAGAGCAGAUACUCUUCACGACUUUUACAAUAUGGCUCAAUGUGAAACAUCCAUAUCAAUUGACAAACGAUUAAAGACAAGAUCAUAUUAAACAGUCUGUUGAAGACGUGGAACAAAAGUUGCAGCUUCGUGGUCUGUAAAUGAAGUUUUAGCCAGCUUGUUGCUGCUGGUGGGCUACGGGCCAUGUUGUAACCCAGAUGGUACUUACUCAAAAUCAAUUUUGAAGAAAAAAAUGUAGAAAUAACGUAAAAUUGGAUAAAAUCAAAAGAAAACAAAAAAUUCUGAGUUUUUUCCCCAGAUGUUGGCUUUUGUAUUCAACAUCAAUUAGGCUCUUAUUUUGUUUUAUGUAAUAUUUUUACUCUUGGGCUCUCAAAAACAUGGUAGUAGGGGGAAGAGACUGCAAUCAGGCUAGGUUAAAGGAAAUGGGUGAAAUAAAGUAUGGGGACACCUGAAAAAUGGACGCAACAAAACAACAAACGUGUCGGCAAAAAGCCUGCUUCGGAGAAUAAACAACAGUAAAAGUAAUUUUAAAUAAAAAGUAAACAUAUACACUUUGCUGCAAUGUAGUAUCCUGUGGGAUCUUUUUGAAAAUACGUUCGUUGUUUUGUUGCGUUCUCCUUUUUUUCAGGUUUGCACAUUAAUUUAUUUCGCCUAUUUUAUCUUGCAAACAGUAGUUUUGAUUCAGGGUCUCAGAAAAAAUUGAAUUUCAGAACACGAGCGAUAAGAUGAACACAGAUUGGUACUGACCCCUUAUGUAAUACGUUUAUUGAAAGGACAGACAGUUCAUUCGUAUUAUCUUUAAAAACAGUUCUAACAAACAAUUCAAAUACAACAUCAUUGUCUUCUCAAUGUUCUGGUUUGUUUCCAUGUGUUUUUAGUACAUAUCCUUGUAUAAUUUUACAGUGUCUAGAGAGUUUAUUCAGUGGUGGAUUCCUGCAUAAAUGCGUGGGAAUACCAUUACAGUACCUUUAUUCCUAUUAAUAAAUACAUAUUCAUCUUUGGAGUAAGUGGGGAAUCUUGUGUGGGUUUCUUCUAUUUUUUAACCAGUACUCGACCCCUGGACCCUCAACUAUGGGUGUACUUUAGAUUUUAGUCCUUGUCUUUAUUGCAUCAGGCGUCUAAAAUUUAAAUUUGAAAAUAUUUUUCUUAUAACUUUCUUUAUAAUUUGUCUUAGCUCCAUCGUUUCAGGAAACAUUUUUUUUACAAAAAUACUUAUCUCAUAUAUGUUGUCUUUAAUGCUCAGAUCUAAGUGAAAAUAGUAUCAAUGACAGAACGUCUCAAUCUAUCCCUUUCACUGAUCUGGGAUGCCUUGAUGUGCCCGAGGGAUAUGAACCAGAUGAUAUCAAAAACAUUGUUCAAGCGCUUGGUAAAUUGAUUGUAAAGAUUGUAGUGACAGAAACAAGUCCCAGGAGACCGGACGUCUAUCCAGGGACAACUGUACAAUACCCCAAAGGAUCGAUCACGGGAACAGGGCGGAUUGAUUUUGUUAAAUUCAAAGGUGCAAGCCCAGGAACAAGAAUGGCUGAAGAUGACAACGACAGGAUCAAGAUAGUCACAAGCACCAGUGCAGUAUUUGAUCAGAGUGAAGCUCAACACACAACCUGCAUAUUGAAUUAUGACACGGAGACCUCUGAUGUAAUUGUACUGAGUUGUCAGGAAGUUGUCGCGGAUGUUGAGAGUGGCAGGUGUGAGAUCUUCUGUGCAAUUGACGAUCCUGAUGUAGCUCAACAACUAGUUCGUGAAAUUUACGCCUUUACACGUUUGCACGAUUCCACAAGAAUUAAAUACAACACUCGAACACAACAAAACCUCGUGCUGACUGUGUCUCAUCCCGACGGCCUGCCUAAACAUGUGUCUAUUGGGAGUCAGUAUAAGCAACAGACACAGUACACAACCAGUGGCAUAACCAACUCUAUAUACGUCUAUCGGCUCAAUCUUGGUAAUGGUUGCUGUGGGGCGCCAAUAUACAGACCGGAGAAGUUCACUGCAAUGUCUCUUCAUCCCCAUAGCUAUAUGGAUGGUAGUGUAGGAGUUAGUGCAGUGGAAUAUGAAAAAAUCUGAUUCAACAAAAUAUCUAUAACAUGGACUGUAGUAUCGGAGUUAGUGCAGU